AUGGCAAUGAAACUUAAUCAUAGCACAACAACUGUGUUUCAGGAACCACCGCAAAAGGAUGGACUCAAGAAAAGUCUAGAACAGACUUCUGACAACAAAACAUCUAAAGUUAUUGAUACAAAACCAUUCCCACACACAAAUAAUGAUCCAAGUGAUCCACCCACAAAUAAUGUUGAUACCACAACAGAAACAUUGGAGAAUUAUGAAAUCAAGAAAAGAGCAGAUCAAACUUCAAACAAAAACACAUUUCAAGUUCUUGAUACAAAACCAUUAACAAACGCAAAUAAUGAUGCAAGUGGAUCAAAACAAGAAGACAAUGAUUAUGCCAUCCCAUCAAUGAGUUCUGCCUCUAAUGUUGAAGAUGCAGAACCAAAUGACGAUAACCUGUUCCUUCAAGAUCUGAUCAAUCAUCGAAAAGCUACAAAACAAAAGUCAUCAACGAAGAAGAAGCUUCAAAGACGCAAAUGA